AUGGUGGUUUCUUAUUUUCGUGAUUUGUUUUGCGCGGAGGGGUGUGAUGUUGAAGCCACAUGUCAAAUUCUAGAUUGUCUUGGUCCUCCUCUAGAGGAUGCUGAUUACGCUUUCCUGGAUGAGCCUUUUUCUGUUCUAGAAAUUAGGAAGGUCGUUUUCAGUCUUUCUGGGGAUAAAGCCCCUGGGCUUGAUGGUCUUAAUGCUUAUUUUUAUCAGAAAAAUUGGUUGAAAGUUGUGUUGAAUAAAAUAAUCUCUCCGUUUCAAAGUGCUUUUGUGUUUGGUCGAGUCAUUUUUGAUAAUAUCCUUAUUACUCAAGAAAUGGUGCAUGCUAUUAAUUCUCAUAAAAGUGGUAAGGUUGGUUGGGCUGCUCUUAAGCUUGACAUGGCUAAAGCUUUUGACCGUGUGGAUUGGCAUUACUUCGAGAGUGUUAUGUUCCAUUUCAAUUUUCCUCCUAGGGGGAUUAGACAAGGAGAUCCUCUUUCUCCUUAUCUUUUUAUUCUUUGUGCAGAAGGUUUAUCUGCUCUUCUUAGGAACAAGCAGGAUGCUGGUUUUCUAAAUGGUAUUGCUAUUGCUAGGUCUGCUCCUGCCAUUUCCCAUUUGUUCUUUGCAGAUGAUAGUCUUGUUUUUUGUGCUGCUAAUCGUACCUCUUGUUCUGCUCUUCAGGAAGUUUUUGAUACUUACUCUAGGGCUUCAGGAAUCUUGAAGAUAGGCCCUUUAUCUGUAAAUAUUUGGGUCUUCCUCAAUGUGUCUCUCGGUCUAAGUAUACUUAGGGGUUGGUCAGGGAAAUGUUUUUCAAGAGCUGGUAAGGAGGUCUUACUUAAGGCUAUCAUCCAGGCUAUUCCUGCUUAUGCAAUGGCCUGUUUUCGUUUGCCGGUUAAGCUUUGUAAGGGAAUUGAAGCUGUGAUGGCCAGAUUUUGGUGGGGUUCUGCAGGUAUUUUCCUCGUGCGUCCUUCUCCUUUUCUUUCUUACUUCAUUAAUAGUUCUGGGGACUGGGAUAUUUCUAAGCUUGCUACUUGUUUUGGUGAAAACAUGGUUAGUGAAAUUCUGAAUGUCCCUGUUUCGGGUUUGCAAGAUAAGGAUGAAAUUAUUUGGGAACAUGAUAGUUCGGGGGUUUUCACUGUCAAGUCUGCUUAUCAUUUAGCCUUUUCUCAUCAUGACCUUCCUUCUCCUUCAUCUCUUACAAAUUCUAAGAAGUUCUGGACAAAAAUUUGGACCUCAAAAAUUCCUCCAAAAGUGAAAGAACUGGAUAAGGAUUAUGUUGGUAUUUUCUGCUGUUUUUUAUGGGCUCUAUGGAAUCAAAGAAACAAUCUUUUUCACAAUAAGUUUUAUCCACAACCAUAUGAUAUUUAUGAUUGGAGUGUUGAUUUCUUUUUCAAGUAUUUGGAUGUCCAGCAAGCUUCUUCUCCCUAUUCUACUCAACAAGUGGAUCUGUUAGCUUUGCCUGAUUUACCUGCUGCGGCUUCCAUUCAGCUUUUUACUGAUGCAGCCAUUGAUUCUACUCGUAAAAGGUUUAGCAUUGGGGUUGUUGUAUUGAAUUCUUCGAACCAGGUUAUUGCUGGUUUUGCAAAACCUUUUGCUGGUUCUCCGAUGGUAGUUGAAGCCAAGGCGAUUUUACAAGCAAUGCAAUGGGUCUCUUGUAUUCAUCUCCCUGUUGAUGUACUAAAAACAGAUUGGACGGACCCAUAA